AGCCAGACCAAUUUUGACAAAUUGCAUUCGGAAUACGAGUGAAAACGAAAUAACAAAGAACCCUAAAUGUCAUUUCAAUGCAACUGAGGCGCUGCAUAUGGACUGUACUUCUGGUGGUGAUUUUGCACAUUACAAGUACAACUCCAGUACCGUUUCGUAGUGACGAUUAUUUUUAUUUGGAACCCGACAUGGAUGAUGACAUGGACUAUAUGCAGAGUGCCAAUUUAGCUGACGACGACUAUCAACCAAACGAUUCUGAAUCGGACUAUGUUAUGCUUCCGCGCUCAGCGGAGACGACGACAGAAUGUGAAACUGAACCGCCCAAGCAUGUAGAAACACACACACCCAGCACGCAUGGUGUAGUGGCAACUACCUGUGUGGCUAUUAUACCGGGACAAUCGGCAAAACACGAACUGCACGCUACCGAAAAGCAACAAACAGCACCGCAAAGUAUAACGACGGCGCCUCAACCGGCGGCAACGAUUCUACAACCAACCACAGCAGCGCCAGCUGCAGUAACCACCACCGUUGCUCCACAAACCACGACAACUCCAGCCACGCAUACGACGACAUGUACGCCCGAAGUCGAGACGACAACGUGCAUACCGGAGGAAGAGUCAUCCGGAAAAAAAGGCGGCUUGCGUCCCGUCGAGGCGACCACCUGCAUGUCGUUGAAGAGUCUGGUGGGUGGCGCUGGUAACGGUUCCUAUGACGGCAUACUAAUGCCACCGUCUGAAGUUUUUCCACCCGUCUCGCUGACUGAGCAGGAGGGUAAAACUCGGGCGCUGCACUCACUUGUGCAACAUCUGUAUGUGGCGCAGGCGCGCGUCCAACUUGAAGCCAUUGAAAUCAAGAAGGCCCAGGCGGUCGCCAAUUCGGCGCAGCAGCAGCUGGAGGAGGCCGCCAAUCAUGUGCGCAGCGUGACAGCGGCGCUGCAGAAUGCUCAGCAAGAGGUCGCCUCGGCGGCCAUACGCGCCCAAACGGCACAAUUGCAGUUAGCCGCGCACGAUCAACUGCUCUUUGCGGCGCGUCAAGAUGUGGACGCGCUCUCCUCGCAAAUGGUCGGUUUGCAGGCGGCGGAAGGUAUUGCCGUGCCGACGGUGAAGUUCGAUAUUGGUAGCUUGUUGGAUAAAUUGAAGCAACCGUUGGCAGCUGCGGAGCGGCCGACAGCGGUGCCGCCGGUGUUAUCAAUGCAAGAGCAGGCACCUCCCGAACCGGCGCCACUUUAUGCUGACUAUGAUUACGAUUAAGUUUCAAAUAUGCUUUUU